UACCCCUUUGGAGCAGUUUCGUUUCAGCUGCGUUUCCAAAGAUCGAAAGAGUUUCUCUUUUCUUGUAAUAAUUUACACAGAAUGUUAGGGUUUCGUUCUCGGAGGUCAGAUCGUUUGAUGGGAUCGAAGGAACUCCGUUUUGCGUUUGGCGGGUUGAAAUGGGUUUCUGAAAACUGGGAUUUAUCGAUUGGGUAUUUGUUUGAUUGCUGAGAAAAUCGAGGAAAAUUUGAAACUUUGAGGGAAGAAACCCAAUUUUGCUCAUUUGCACGUUUCGUGAAGAGAGUUUUCCCGGAAUCGUUCCCUUUGAGGGAAGGAAAAUCUCGCCUUGAGAGAAGAAGAUGCUUGUCUGAGCUAAAUUAUGUUUGAAUCGGUCAUCGCAUCGGCAAAAUCUCAUCCCGGUGUUUCUGGGGAAAAAAACCCUACAGAAAAGUUGCAGAGGAAUUUCAAUUCUCAUUAAACCCACAAGAUACGUAACAGAUACGCAUAGAGACAUAUGUUCAUAUCCCUACUCGCUUGUGAUUCUAACUCAAGCAUUGGUCUGAUGUCCAAAAUGACACAGAAGGGUUCAUGGUUGUCAAUCUUCUGGUUUGCCCUCUUGAGCUUUUUGGUGUUGUUUCUGCACAGCUAUCGUGCCCGAACGAUGCGGGGUCUUUCAGACCAAAACGGUACUUACGACGUAAACCGUGGCCUUGUUCUGUCGUAUCUUCCCUCUAAUGUCACAGCUCAAGGAGGAUUCAACAAUGCUUCGGUUGGGCAAGAACCCGAUAGAGUUCAUGCCUUGGGGAUGUGCAUCUCAGGCUCUAAGGCGGAGGAUUGUUCCAAAUGCAUCCAGACAGAAAUCAAUCGAAUAAUAAGCAGCUGUCCUAACCAGACAGAAGCCUAUUCAUGGUCUGGUCAACCGACGCUUUGCCUCUUACGCUACUCCAACCAUUCAUUUCUUGGAUCCCUCGAUUUGGAGCCGAGUACCAGGCUGUUCAAUACUGGAGAUCUCAGAUUAAACGGAGAAAUGAACACGAAUCUAACCGAGUUUUACAGAAUUUGGAAGGGACUAGUGGCUCGUGUGGUGGAGGCAGCUUCCUCGACCAACGAUAACUCGUCAUCGUCUAAUCGUAAGUACUAUGCCGUCGAUAUAGCCGCCACCACAGCGUUCGCGAAAGUAUAUACGUUGAUGCAGUGCACACCGGAUAUAUCUUCAGCGGAUUGCAAGGAAUGCCUGCAGAAUUGUGUCAGUGACUAUGAAUUGUGUUGCCGUCAGAACCAAGGCGGCGCCAUAGUAAGGCCGAGCUGCUUGUUCCGGUGGGAUCUGUUUCCUUUCGCCGGAGCUUUUGAGAAUAUCAUGGUUGCCCCACCGCCUUCUCGUGCCCUUUCACUGACAGAUCAAGCCAACACUACCAAGAAAGAAAGCAGUGAAAUCUCAAAGGGAACCAUUGCGGGAAUCGCUGUUCCAGCUUUAAUUGUCGCCGUGGCGUUGCUUGGUCUUGCAUAUGUUGUCUGCUGCAGGGAAAAAUCUCACAUAGAAGCUGAUAUUCAAAGUGGUGAUGAUAUCGCAUCUAGACACUCGCUGCAAUUUGAUUUCAAGACAAUUGAAGCUGCAACAAAUAGAUUUUCGGACAGCAACAAGAUCGGUCAAGGUGGAUUUGGUAAAGUUUACAAGGGUAUGCUUCCAGACGGGACAGAAGUUGCGGUGAAGAGGCUGGCCAAGAACUCAAGACAAGGUUCACGUGAGUUCAAGAACGAGGUUGUUUUUGUAGCAAAGCUUCAACAUAGAAAUCUUGUUAGACUUCUCGGGUUUUGCUUGGAAAAAGAAGAAAGGAUACUUGUCUACGAGUUUGUACCCAACAAAAGCCUCGAUUCUUUUCUGUUCGACCCUUCGAGACGAGAUCAUUUGGAUUGGGCAAAACGGUACAAGAUCAUCAGAGAGAUUGCUAAAGGAAUUCUAUAUCUUCAUCAAGAUUCAAGACUCACAGUCAUACAUCGUGAUCUCAAAGCAAGCAACAUUCUCCUGGACGCGGAUCUAAGCCCCAAAAUCGCAGAUUUUGGCAUGGCGAGGAUCUUGGGAGUGGACCAAAGCCGAGCUGAAACAAGUCGAAUAGUUGGAACCUACGGUUAUAUGUCUCCAGAGUACGCAAUGCACGGUCAUUUCUCCCAAAAAUCUGAUGUCUAUAGCUUCGGAGUUUUGGCUCUGGAGAUUAUUAAUGGCAAAGUGAAUAGCAGCUUCUAUGGAACGGAAGAUACUCCGGGCAAUUUGGUCACACAUGUUUGGAGACUUUGGAGAGAUGGGUCACUCUUAGAACUCGUGGAUCCUGCAUUUGGAGAGAUUUAUCAUACUGACGAAGUUACCAGAUGCAUCCAUAUCGCGUUACUUUGCGUUCAGAAUGAUCCUACGCAUCGUCCAACUAUGUCGGCAAUCAUAAUGAUGCUCACUUGUAACACAAUCGGUUUACCCGUUCCACAUCGACCGGGAUUUUUCUUGCAAAGUAGACGCGAUCGAGAGGCAGAAGCCGAGGGCUUGGUGUCUGGUCUAUCUAUUCCUGGUUCCAUUGAUGAUGGAUCCAUCACUUUUUUAGAUCCUCGUUGAACAUUACAUUCUCCUUGUGUUUUUGAUGAAUUAAACUAUUUUUUCUUCGGGAGACCGUUGACCGUUAAACUUCUGUUAUUUUACCGU